GUGCAGCAAUUGUGUUUCAAGUAUCAACAAAAGUUCAUACGAAACGGUGUCGCUCACAAACACUCACAUUGUCGCCGACUUGCAUUUCAUGCGUGGUGGCACAGAUUGCAUCGUGAUUGCCACUUCGAGUACGGGCAACUCUACCCGUACUAUGGAAAUUAUUCAUGAUCUUCGACUGGGAGCGGACUCGAUGUUGUGGCUGUUCGGUCUCCCCUCGGGAAAUGUUCCUCGCCAGCUUUAUCCAGGCAUGAUCGUUCCUGUCGCAUUCGAGGAUGACUUUGAAUCAGACAUAGAUCCGAAAGCCGAAUUCCUUGGGAAUAUAUCGUAUCUCCAACAACUAUCCGGGGAUUACUUCGAGCCGAGAUUCGGACUCCGAGUUCAAAUUAGUUUGUCAGUGUCGACAAUGAAUGCGAUUCAAACACUGCAGCUGGCUAUGGUUCGAGCCAACUGCGAUACUUCUGGUGCUGGCCUCACCGAGUGCAUUCGCAACGGCAUCAACACACCCUGUUCUUCGAUUUCUGGCGCGAGCCUACCUACAUGCGAUUCCUUGGGUGCUAGUGAACUCGACGUCAACACAUGGUUCGGACGUGUAAAGUACAGUGACAACCAUCUGAGAAGCACGUCGUUCUAUGCCCGCGUCAAUGAACAAAACAAUCCGGAUGCAUCUACACCACAGACAGUGUCGCAAAUGUCGUACGACAUCGAAAAGACUGGCUUCCCAGUGCGUGUUCCAAUCCAUCCCGACGCCACUCUGCGCAUCAUAGUUGGCGUGCUGUGUGGCCUGGGCGUUAUCGGGUGCCUUGUGGGAAUCAUUGGUGUGCAGAUAAAAUCCUCGGUGCUCAUAGUGCGCUCCGCAGCACCGUUCUUCCUACAGCUCAUGCUGGCUGGGUCAGCUCUUAUGUACGCGUCUCCGUUCUUCCUUAUCUUUGAUAAUCUAGAGGAGUGGGAGUGCACUGCUUGGUCAUGGUUCCUGUUUAUGGGCUGGUCGGUGGCCUUUGUGUCUCUCCUGGUGAAGACUCAUCGUGUGGACCAGGUGUUCAAGAGUGUCACCAAAACCAAACUGCACGACCACCGCUUGUUGCGGAACUGGUUCCUGCCUAUGGUUGGCGUGUUUGUGCUCUUUGCCAUACUAUUCACAGUCUUUGACACACUCCAAUUGGUGAUCAGAACCGAAGAACAGAGUCUGUGGGAGGAGUGCGACCUGGAGACCCCAGGCAUGUAUGUAGGGCUGGGUUUGCAAGGUAUUGUUCUGGUGUGGGCUGCUAUAUUGGCCUUCAAAGUACGCAACGCCCCAUCAUCCUUCAACGAAGCCACCCUUAUCUCGGUCUCAGUGUACAAUUGGCUGGUGGUGGAGAUAGUCGCCAUUGUGCUGCUCUUCAUUCUACCGAGCAGUGUCAACACCCAGUUGAUCAUGUUGUUCUUGUACACCUGGCUACCGCUCACCAUCAUGCUGCUCAUGAUGUUCGUGCCGAAGAUACAGGCAAUCCGUAAGGGCAAGGGUGACGUUGUGUCCACCAUGAACUCAUCGCGUGCACCCAUUCGUGCAGCAUCAGCCGCGGCGGCAGUGAGCAAUGCGUCAAUGUCUGACAAGACUGUCAGUGGCACCCAAGCCCACAACGAAGUGCGCAAGCUUAGGGCCGAGGUGGGACGUCUGGUAAACGAGAACACGAGGCUGUCUGAAGUGCUCACUAUGAUCCACAACCCUCACAUGGAGGGUGGUGAAGCGAUGGCUGAUAAAAUCAUGCAAGAGCGAAAGCAGAAGAGCAUGGCUACGGUUAGCAUACACGACCCACCGCCAGUGCUACUGCCCCAGGCAUCUGCACGCAUUCAAGCCCCAACCAACAUGGAUGACAUUGCCAACAAGGAUGACGAUGAUAUGGACGAGGGCGCAGAAUCCAUCGAUGCUUUGAGUGUUUAAACUCUUUAUGUAUUGAGUGACGAGAUCGACUUAUUAUAUAUAUUUUAUACUGGAAGCAACGACAAAAAUCGUACAACGCAUAUAUAAGAAGAUAGAGAGAUGUUCCUUCGCCAGGCUGUGCCCGCAUGUCUUUAAUUGUGUAUAAGGCACAAUAUUAUUACCCACUAGUGUAAACGGGUAUAACUAAAAUAAAAU